GCGCUCGGUACCUUUGGACGAGUCGGCUAGUGACUUUCCUGCCUGACAGCUAGUGAGGACAGGAGCUUUUGGAUGUCUGUCAGGGUAUCCAAAGGCUCGUGAAGCAUAGAGACAGUUGAGGACAUCACUUUUGUGGAAUCAACGCCUUUGGACGGUAUUCCAAGUGUUAGAAAGAUCCAACAGGUAUCCAACGACCAAGUAUUACUUAGCUACGUUCUAAGGUCACGAUGGAGUGGCACUUCUCGCUUUUGCUGUUGGCACUCACCAGCCUGGCCGCGAGUAUGUCUCAAACGAAGGAUUAUUUGCCAAAUGUCGCUUACAUCUCGAGCAAGGAGUUGGGUGACUUCUUGGUGGCUGACAAAACCACUUUGGCCUAUUGGGAGGAAAGUUUAAAUACAGCCAAUGUCAGGACCCUGUGUGGGUGCAGGACAGCGUGUUGGUCGUCACGUUGGUGUGUUGCGGCGUCACUGGACACGACCAGUGACGGGGUGUUAUGUCGCCUGGCCCGCCUCACCGAGACUAACUUACCUCAGACUACCAAACAGACCAACUCUACCUACAUCUUCUUCCUGAAUAAAGCAGUGCCACACCUGUACACGGAGGUAGAGUACCCAGAACAUCAUAUAGUACCAAAACUGAACUUGUCGAUGGAGGAAGCCAAGAUCUACUGCAGUCGUAUUCCUGGCCACCAUCUUGCCACCAUUAAGACGAUGACUCACAAGAAGGCUGUAGAACGUUGUGUGAUGGCUAGUCAAACGAAAGAACUUUGGGUGGAUUUGGUAGCUGUGGACCGUAAACCACAAUGGGGUGACGGAACGCCCCUUAACCAAACACUCCUGAACAAACCUGAAGGAAAGACAAGUACAGAUCACACAACCUACAUUAUCUCGGAACAGAACAUUGAGAUAAGAGACCCAACAGUUGAGUACCCCUUCGUCUGCCAGGGUGUCCUUGGUUGAUAUACUCAUAGAAAACGGAAUCUUAGAGGCGUUGAAAGAAAAUGGGAAAUAAGAGAGAGAUAAUGGAUGACUCUAAUUGAACUUAUGAUUGAAGGAAGUUAAGUGUAUUAGGGUUGAGUUGAGAUAAAAGUAGAGUUAAGAAUUUAGAUAAGUAAGGACAGAGGGUAGUGAUUAAAUAUUUAGAGAUCCUAUAAUUAACAACUAACAUAACAUCACUAACAUAUAAUUCAUUGAUGUUAUAGAAGUCUUAUUGAUGUUUGGAAAGUCUUAUUGAUAAAUGGAAAGUCUCAUUGAUGUUAGGAAGGUUUUAUUGAUGUUUGAGAAGUUUUAUUGAGUUUAGAGAAGUCUUAUUGAUAUUAUGGAAGUAUUAUUAAUGUUUGUAAGGUUUCAUUGAUGUUAUAAAAGUCUUAUUGAUGUUAGGGAAGUCUUAUUGAUGUUAGGGAAAUCUUAUUGAUCUUAUGGAAGUCUUAUUGAUGCUAUAGAAGUCUUAUUGAUCUUAUGGAAGUCUUAUUGAUCUUAUGGAAGUCUUAUUGAUGCUAUAGAAGUCUUAUUGAUCUUAUGGAAGUCUUAUUGAUGCUAUAGAAGUCUUAUUGAUCUUAUGGAAGUCUUAUUGAUCUUAUGGAAGUCUUAUUGAUGCUAUAGAAGUCUUAUUGAUCUUAUGGAAGUCUUACUGAUCUAUAGAAGUCUUAUUGAUGUUUUGGAAGUCUAUAGUUCCUUUAAAAUAAUAUAAAGUUCUAUUAUAUUUUAGGACUUAUAGAAAUGAGGGAAAAUAUCAUGCUUAUUUCCUUAUUACAUCGAUUGUGGUCAGUUACUAAUUAAUAAGACCUGGACAAAGCGAACUCUUAUUGCCCUUUGAUGUCCGAGUGUGUGUUAGUAGUUAAUGUUGCCUGGUAUCAUUAUUUUUAAUUACCUUUUGGGUGACAUAGUGAGCGGUUUCCUGGUCCAUAAAAAGUCAGUCAUUAUUUAAUUUUUAUUAGUGUUGUGGUGUGUGUGUGUGUGUGUGUGUGUGUGUGUGUGUGUGUG